CUUCAGUUUCUCAUCACCUCCGUUCCUCUGUUGCCACAACCUGAGAUUCCUGUGGCUUGACCACUGCCAGGACCUUGUAACAAGAAGCACCACAGAUCAGCAUCACAUAGAUGCACACCAGGAGGAGGAGGAGGAGCUGGACAACAGCACCACGACGGCGUGGGAGUGCUUCCGAAGCCUGUGGGUGCUUGACCUGCGCUACACAGAUUGGGAUCAGAUCUUGUCAGCACAGUUGAUGGAUUUCAUGACCCAGGUCAGGGAGCUAAAUGUGAUGGGAGCCAAGAACUGGGACAUGAGCAACCUACGCGGACGGCUGCAGAACAUUCGCAAGCUCCGGGUAACAAAGUCCACCUGCUGCUUUGACAACAACGUGUUCUCAGAGAUGGAUGGCUUGGAGCUUCUUGAUUUCUCAGGAAAUACCGUCAGCCAAGGCAUGACAAGCUUAUCUGGGGCAGCAAGCAACAGUAACCUUAAGACUGUCAUUAUUGAUGGAUGUGAUGGGUUAGAAGUUAUCUCUUUGCAGGGCUGCAGAGAAUUGCGGAACCUUUUCUUCAAAGGAUUGUUUAGGAGUCUCGAGGAGCUGGACCUAUCAGGCACAAAAGUGAAAACCCUCAACCUUAGAGAAGUGAGAGCCAACUCACUCCCCAAGCGGAUCAUCCUGCUUGGCUGCCAGAAGCUCCAUGCGAUAUUAUGGCCACAAAAUAUUGAUACGGAAGAAGCACCACAUGUGCUAUGUAUCGAGACCACCUCAACUUCAGCGUCAGUUGUAACACCAACAGAGCUCACUGGUGGCGAAACACCACAUGCACAUCCGCAUGGUGAAGGAUCCCUCCAGCAGCAAAAAGAAGACAAGUUCAAGGGUGGAUGGCAGAUUACUCUUACAGAUACAAGGCUCCUUAGGUCAAUUUCUCCUGUACAUAGUUACCUCUCAACUGCAUCCGUACAUCUUGAUAUCAGUUCUGCAGGCGCUGUUGGUGGUAGCAAUAUCCAAGGAACAAGCAACGAUAAACUAGUGCAAGUCCCACCGCAUACAAGUACCAUAAUGGACUCCAAGUACAGAGAUGUCUUGAAGCAUGGCUCAGUUCCAGCAAUGAUGAUGUGGGACUGCCCCGAGAUAUUUCUGUGGUCAGCCGAGAGGACAUGUAUCAUAAAGGUUGUCUUGCAUUUGGGGCAGGGCAACAAACUGUUGGGGAUGCUCCAACUGCUAUUACUAAUGCUUUACUGUGGCCUGAGCUUACAUGUGUGCUGGCUACAUCACUCCACGUAUACAAUAACUCUUCCAUCACCAGUAUCCCUGUAGCGCCCAAUCGAUUACAAUGGCAUAUCGAAAGAUGGUGCCGGGUGGAGAGGUGCCCCAAGUUACACACAAUCUUCACUCUUCCCCAGGGCAGUAGUGUGGAUAACUUUUAUUUUCUGGAGACAUUCUGGGCGUCCCAGCUUCUGACGACCUGCUACAUCUGGGACAGGACAAUUUUUCUAACAUCUCAUACCUUUUCAAACCUGAUGUUUUUGCACCUGGACUACUGCCCCAGGCUCUUGCAUGUGCUCCCCAUCCAUGCUAGCUCUUUGUCUGGACUAGAGACUCUUGAGAUAGUCUACUGCGGUGAUCUCAGGGAGGUAUUCCCAUUGAGCCCUGAGCUUCAAGAUCAGGAUACGAUUAUAGAAUUCCCCGAGCUAAGGCGCAUCCACCUGCACGAGCUCCCGACGCUGCAGCGCAUCUGUGGGCGCAGGAUGUACGCGCCUAAACUUGAGACCAUCAAGAUCAGGGGCUGCUGGAGCCUCAGGCGUCUGCCGGUCAUCGGACACGACACCAAGCCGCCCAAGGUUGACUGCGAGAAGGAGUGGUGGGACAACCUGGAGUGGGACGGGGUGGAGAAGUACCACCACCCUUCCCUCUACGAGCCGAGCCACUCAAAGUACUACAAGGCCAAGCUGCCCAAAGGCAGCCUGCUCAGGUAAUCUGCAUGCGUGUACGUUGAACAUGCAGUGCUGCCCACAUGACUGAAGCUUUCCUGCCGUGUGUGUGUGUGUAUGUGUUGCUUGCCCGGCUUCCUGCUUGAUUGGUUUGGUGUGGCUUGACUUGGUUUGAUUUGAUUUGGUUUGGUUUGGUCAUCCUUGCUCGACCCAUCAAAGUACUAAUCAUCUGGUUGCAUAGGUGAUGGUACACGUUAUCGAGCAAAUGAGAAAUAAAUCAGAGCGGCCAUUAUUCAGCUUAUAUAUGCACCCCCCCCCCCCCCCCCUCAUGUUGCCCUGCUCCUAUGUGUGUGUGUUUUGGUGUGGAUUAACAGCUGUCGACUGAUUGUAAUUUGUAAGCAUAAAUGACGAUGAUUGUGUAUGUGGUACUGUUUGUUGUGGUAUGAAUAAUCAGCCUUGGACCGAUUGUGAUUUGUAAGCAUAAAUGAUGACUUUUGUGUGUGGUCUGAAAGAUUAUUUGAUAAAUUUGGAUGGGAGCAUUGAUGAUAGA